AUGGGGCAAAUUGUAAAUUUACUCAAAACACUGCUAUGUAUACAGAAAGAGAGGGAGAAAGAUCGUGAAAGAGCCAAUGCUCGUAAUGGCGGUAAAGGGAAGACCAAAGACGACGGAUUGACCCCUGAACAACGCCGUGAAAGGGAUGCAAAAGCACUCCAAGAAAAGGCUGCAAAGAAGGCAUCACAGGCUGCAGGGAGUGGUGGUGAUGCAGGAGGUAAAAACACCAAGAAAUAA